AACGAGAGAGUUUAGUAUUGCUCGACGCGCCGUGCGAGAUAGAAGCAAAAUGUUUAAGAGCAAACACAGUUUGCUUCAAAAUUGAACUUAGAAAAAUUUUUCAACCGCGAUAUAUAGACGUUAGUUUGUGAAUUUUCGGUUUGCAUCUGAAUUAAAUCGAAACCGAAAAGCCAAAACGAUUAUUUAUAAAAUAGUGAUCCGUGCGGAUUUUAAUAAUUUUAUUUUUUUAAUUAAAAUUUAAAAUAGUAAUAUGGUUCCGCAACAGGGCAUGGAGUCUGAACGUUCAGACAGCCCCAUCGCUGGUAGUACAUCAUCUACAGCUUCUUCCAACAGUAGAGGACCGAUCUUCGGUUCUCAACUAGUGGACCAAAAUUCAGCAACACCCUACUCUGAUGCUACUCAGACUAAGAAGAACAACCCAAACCACAUUAAAAGGCCGAUGAACGCGUUUAUGGUUUGGUCACAAAUGGAAAGAAGAAAGAUCUGCGAAGUACAACCCGACAUGCACAACGCAGAAAUUUCCAAAAGACUAGGGAAGCGUUGGAAGCUUCUGACAGACGAAGAGCGCCUCCCGUUCAUACAGGAAGCGGACAGACUUCGUCAGCUUCACCAAAGAGAAUACCCGGACUACAAAUAUCGUCCGAGAAAAAAGACGACGAAACCAGCAUCGAAAUCUGGUGGUAUUGGAAAAAGACCUAGAAAGAACUCAAAAUCCUCAUCGAAAAAUGACACAAAUAACAACUCGGAAAUGAGGUGCACAACAGUCAGACGCAAUAGUAAUAGUAGUGACGUGAAUUCGAAGUUGAAGAGUAGGUUAACACAGCAACAACCUCAAAAGCUUCCGAGCGUCUCAAGUGUUACCAUGGCGGCUUCAAUGGCACAGCCGAGCUUUAACGUGGCGAAAGUGCCCUCUAGUCCUUCCUGCGAGACUCCGGAUUCGCCAGAAAGUGCGUCGUUCUAUAACGAAGAUUUCCUAAUUGACACGUCGACGGAUCCGAUGCAAUGUACGUCAUACCUCAGGGAGGAGGUGACGCCGCUCGAGGAGCUGGACUCCAUCACAGACCUCCUCAUGGACGACCUGGACCUCACCAAGAUCCCCCAUUCCCACCUUAAUUUUGAGUUUUUGACCUUUGGAGAACCGGGAACUGUGUGGAGUGAUAGGGAACUGUUCUCUAAUUGAUCCACGGACUUGUCGAGAUCCAUUAAAGACUGAUUUUUCCUUUAUUUCCACACGCGACGGUCGUUAAUAUAUUCAACUUUUUAUUAACUUUAAGAUAUUUCAUAUAAAUAUAUACAUAUAGUUCUUAACGAUAAAAAAGUAUCUUCAAAGGAUCUCAUUUGUUUUUUGUUUUAUUUUGUACGUAAAUAUGUGUAUAGUUAACGAGACGGAGAUUUUUUUAUACGGAUGAAUAGAAGCGAAAAAAAAUAACGUUGGAUAUUAUACUAUUAGUCGAGAGUCCCGGAUACAACCAGUUUCUUAGUGCCUAGGAGAUAAACAAACAAAACAAAAAGAGAAAACAAUUUAAAGGGAAAAAUUAAAAUUUUGCCCCACUACUCGUCCGUUUCCGAAUUGGGGUAAGUAAACAAUCUGGCUGUGAUUUCAUCAACUUUUCGACGAUGACCAAAAAAAGAAAUUACUUUUCGUUUCACAACACACACAUACAUAAUACACACAAACACAUAUGCAUACACCACCGACACCACAACAAACGAGCUGAACGCCCAUCACGCGAUAAUGAAAACAUUUAAACAACAGCAAUAUCGAUUUGUUUUCGUCCGGGAUGAGAAAAUAAAAAAAAAAUAUAUAAUAAAAAGUUUAUAAUUCUAAAAAUCCAUCCACAAUUAAUGAAAUAAAAUGGUCGGACCCUUUUUUAAGUUAAUUCGACAUUAGUCAGUCUGUACGUUAAGUUUUUUUUUCUCUAUUAUCUAUUAAUUUUAUAGUAAGACAAGAGGUACUUAAAGAUUUUCUUUUACGUUCAAUUGGGCAUUUUAACGUCGAUUGUACAUAUUACUAUUAAAUAAGGAUGUGUGCCGUUUGUUUUUCGAAACAAGAAAAGUCAAUGCACAAAUAACAAAUUAAACGAAGCCGCAGAAAAUAAAAACGUUAGUCUUAGUCCUAUACAACAUCGAUAUUCUUGUAUUAAAAAAAAAGAGAGAAUAAAAAAACGAAUGUUAUUCGAAAACAUAGCGUUUAAAAAAUUAAUUAUACAAAAAGAUUAAUUAAUACAAAAAAUUAAUAAAAAUGUGUGCUUUCAAUGUGUUAGAAUAUAAACGUUUUUUGAUGAAAGUAAAAAAUUAAUAAUAAUAAUAAUAAUAAUGAUGAUAUAUUAUUAUUAGAAAUCGGACUGUCCGCAAUUAUAUAUUAUUAUUAUUACUAUAUGAUAUAUAUACGAUUAUAAAUACCAGUUUUCGACUUUGAAAAUUUUAUGAGGCCUGAUACAGUAUGAAAUGUGAAAAUAAUAUUAUUAUGAAUGUAGAGUUAUAGACAUAUUUGGUGUAUUUUUGUACCCCCCAAAAAGGAAAAAGCGAAAAAUGUGGUGAAAAAAAAAAUUGUUUGCCUGGACGUUGAAAGUUGAGUCCUUCGCCUGGUAAUUACCCCCUCCAUAAUCGACUGCUUAGGACCGUAAUGUAUAAAGGUGUAAAUUUUCGUAUAGUUGUUGUCCUCCCUGUAUAUUGUAUAUGGACCGGUCGGCCAGGCGUGAUUCUUAAAGGCUCAACUUUCACCUCUUCACGGCGCCCCAAUUGUACAUAAUAUUGUAAAGCUCAUUGUAUAAAAAAAUUGUUUUUGUUAUAUUGUAUACUACUAUUAUUAUUAUUACGACUAUUAUUAUUAUCAUCAUAUUGACUAUUGUGGUGUAAUGUAAAAAACAAAAGACCCGUCGAGGAUGCAAAAUGCAAGAAUACAAUUCGUCGCAAUAAAAAUAAUCAUAGUUGGCUAUACACGUUUGUUCUGGCGGAUAUCGAAUUAAUAAUUAAAUUCAAAUGACGGAAAUGUGUACAGAGAAAGGAACGGUAACUAGCAAUACAUUUGCUUUUUUAUUUCUCUACUUUGUUUUUGUAAAUCCUUACAUAUUAUAUUCAUACUAUUAUAUUACAGUUGUAUUCUUAUAUAUACUGUACAUUUUUUUGUACAUGUAGUUUUGCUGUUUACAUUACCUGGCCAAUAAAUCGAUUUAUAAAAAUA